AUGGACCCGUCAACACAGCCAACCAUCUUGUCUAUGGAAGUGGACGAUGACGAUUCUUUUGACAGCGAAUACCGACUGCAAACCGGAAACCAAGUCAAGUACCUCGUCGUGCCCCCCAGGACAUUCGAUAGAGACACACUCUCAUUCCCCAUUCCAUCCCUGUCAUGUCUUCCCUACAACGAAGAAUGGACUGUGGCCAACAUAUCACGCGACGAAAUCACAGGCAACCUGAAGACUUCUUUUUCGAAUCGAACACUCGCCGGCGUCGAGUGUCAAUGGCACAAAACCAAGGUCGAUUGCCUCAAAUUGGAGAAGAUGAAACAGCUUACGGCGAUGGCUAUUGAAGCCCGCUUACAUUCUAUCCUCCCAAUCACCCCGUCGCAAGACAUCUUAAUCGCCAAAAUAGCUCGAUUCGAAUGGGAGGUGCCUCGCAUCGAACAAGAAACGAGAGCAUAUCAGCUAGUCGAGGGUUCCGGUCUGGCCCCGCGCUUCAUCGCGCAUGUCCAUGAGAAUGGACGCAUCGUGGGCUUUCUGUUGGAGAGAUUAGAGGGGCGUUUCGCUUCGGUCCAGGAUCUCAACGUCUGCGAAGCUGCCCUCAGAAAGUUACACGGACUGGGACUUUUACAUGGCGACGUAAACCGGUACAACUUUAUCGUCACGCAGGAAGGUGUGAAGCUCCUCGACUUUGAACGCGCUCAGGAGAACGCGAGACCCGAAUCAAUGAGCAAGGAAUUGAAGGGCUUGCGUGCCGAGUUGGUCGACGAGUCCGGGCGCGGCGGAGGUUUCAUUUUCCACGACGACUGA